UUGAAGGUUUUAUCUGCUAUAAUGUCUUAAUCUUUGUUUUAGAAUGGCUCUUAUAGAUCCGAACUUUUACACUGGACCUGCGUUAAUUAUCGGAGAUGGUAAUUUCUCAUUUUCAGCAUGUUUAGCGCAAUCURUAGUGGAAGAUCUWUUUUCUGMAAAAGUCUUUGCCACUUCUCUUGAUACUCRUGAACAACUUCAAGCCAAUCUCCUCGCCAAGGAAAACCUUGCUAAAUUGUCAAAGCAUUCAUCGUUUAYUGUGAUUCACGGCGUUGAUGCYACAAACUUGCAAGCCACUUUUAAAGAUCAAAUAUUUCACAAGAUUAUUUUCAAUUUUCCCCACACCGGUGGGAAACUCAAAAUAAGCAAGUGCAGAAAUUUGCUGGAAAAGUUUUUCAAAUCRGCAUGCAAAUUMAUUGAUCCCAUCUCAGGGGUAGUGUGUGUCAGUCUUUGUCAAGGACAAGGGGGUACCCCAUGUGAUCAUGYCCAAAGGGAUUAUGGGAAUACCUGGCAAGUUGUCAAUCAGGCUGCAAAAGCUGGUCUUAUACUUAAUGCCGUCCAUCCAUUUAGAGAGGUAGACUAUCCUGGAUAYRCUAGUGCAGGAUUUAAAGGCAGACUUAACCAGGGAUUCACAGCAGACAAGGGGCUGACAUACAUGUUUAUYCUUGGUAGCCCUGUACARCCAGUCCCAGAUUUACUAUCUUUCCUUGAAAUGCAAAAAGAUUCUACAAAUUCAUGUUUUAAGAACUUGUAUCAAAUGGACAAUCACCCUGUAUCUAUGGUCAAGAGAAAACUGGAAAGAAUCUUCAGCACUGCUGGGUUUGGACAUUGUGUAGUAAAGACAGAUGUUGGAGGACUUAGCAGUCAGUUGGAGCAYUCAUUAAGACUGACRUACUCACCUGGCAUAUCUUCUCUYUACCAUGACGUGWACCAGCUGACCAGAGAACAAAAUGGAUUUGUUAUAUCAGGAAUUGAAUCUGACUUUUCUAUUCCUCCAUCUGCUGGUUUUCACCCUAUUGCUCACUAUACAGUGUUAGGCAAAUCUUACAACAUACAAAYCCCAGAUGAGACCAUUCAUUCUGAUCUUGAAGAAGCAGUCAAAACUGUCACUAAAUUGUGCUCUGGAGUAASUCUUACAAAUGAACAGUCAAACACUUGCAAGAAAGAUGACUUGGACUUUCCUAAAUGUCAGUURAAUUUAUUCAAGCCAGUUGACUAUCAGAGAUUAAGGGAAAGAAAAAGAGUGUUUCUUGAAUGGAGACCUGAUGAAGUGUGCUCUCAUGAUAAUCUACAAGGUGCUGUCAGUCAAGCUUGUGGUGUUUGUGAACUUGAGAGGAAUUAUUUCUCUAAAGAUACUAGUAUGAGAGUCUUAGACAUGCUUCAGGAGUCUACAGUAAGAAAGRUUUAUCAUAAUGACAAGGUUCUGUUCACUUAUGGUUUGGUUAAGCAAGAUGACUKUAAAUGCAAAAAAACAUGGAUUAUCUUAGCUCAUGUUGAUAACUUGACAAUGUCAUUAUGUGGUAUAUCAGACAUUAGGAUGUUAUGGUCUAAUGAUUGGCUAUUCUUGCGGCAGUUUGAUAUACAGAAUGAGAAAACUCUCCCAACAUUCGUCACAUUCAGUCUUUUUCCACCUAUUUACAUUCAUGACAUWAGCUUUUGUCUGACUGCUGAUUCAAGUGAAGUGAAAUUCUUCCAAGCUAUUCAUGAAGUCACAAGGGGUUUAGUMAGUGAUGUUUGGUUUAGGGAAAGAUAUGUUGAUAAAAGUAAAAAGCAAGUAAGUUAUAACUAUCGUAUGGUUUAUAGUCGUUGUGAUGGUCCAUUAUCACAUUUACAGACUGUAGAGAUACAGAAUUUACUGAGACUCUUUCUAAUCAAUAUGGACUUUAAACUGAGUUAAUUUAAGGACAUUAAGUUUGUAGAUGAACAUGUG